AUGAAAGUGUCACUUUUAAUUCUACUGAAUCUCGUCUGCAUCUAUUCUCAAGACAACGAAAAUGAUAUCAACUACUACACCACUUUGAUAACUCAAGCUACCCAAAAAGCGUGGACUUACCAAUGGCCCAAAAACGCCAACCAACAUAAAUCUAGAGGAAAACCAGAAAAGUAUGGUACUUUCGACUUUAUCGUCGUCGGGGGUGGUGCCGGGGGAUCAGUAGUCGCCAGUCGAUUAUCCGAAGUGACCAACUGGACCGUGUUAGUACUAGAAGCAGGAAAUGUAGGCAACAACCUCACCGACAUCCCAGCCAUGUUACCACUUUUGCAAUUAACCGAUUUCAAUUGGGCCUUUAAUAGUACCCCACAAACCACAGCUUGUCAAGGAAUGUACAACAAAGUUUGCCCCUAUCCAAGAGGCAAAGGCCUCGGUGGCAGUACCCUAAUCAACGCCUUGAUCUACGCUAGAGGCCACCAAACCGACUACGACCAGUGGGCAAAUCUUGUCGCAAACCAACGCUGGAACUACACAAACGUCUUAAAUUACUUCAAAAAGUCAGAAAGGUUUAUCCCAACCGUACCACACGAGCCACACUUUCAUGGAACAGAAGGUCCUUUAACUGUCAAAAACCUGCCUUUAACCCCUCAACUAAGUUCGUUUCUGGAAGCCAACGAAGAACUGGGUUUCGACACAGUCGACUACAACGCCAACAAACUCGGGGCAUCUCCAGAACAAGUCUGUACCAGCAACGGGAGACGAUGGGAUAACGCGAAAGCGUUCCUGGCGCCGGUACGACAUAGACGAAACUUGGAAAUUUUGACGGAGAGUUACGUGACGAAGGUACGGUUUGAUGUGACCAAACGGGUUGCCACGGGGGUUGAGUUUAGUCACAAAGGCAAGAACUACUUUGUGGAAUCGAAAAAAGAAGUUAUUUUGUGUGGUGGUGUUUUUGGGACGGCGCAGAUUUUGAUGUUGUCUGGGGUAGGUCCUAAACGACAUUUAGAAAAGUUGGGAAUUAAGGUUUUAGCCGACUUGGAAGUGGGUAGUACUCUUAGAGAUCACCCAGCUUUUUGGGGGCUUCUGAUUGGUACUAAUGUCACAGCACCGGUGGUACCAUUGCGAGAGACCGUGCAAGAGUUUUUGAAAGGAGUGGGGCCGUUAACAGUUCCUGGAGGCACACAAGGAAUAGGAAUGUACGAAUCGAGUUAUUCUAGAGGGACGGGAGUACCCGAUAUUGAAUUAUUAUUUCUUCCGAGCAUUUCUCCUUCACCUUUAUCUCGCCGAUGUUUUGGCUUAAGUGACCAAAGUUUCGAAGACUUAAACAGAGAGCAAAAUAAAGGACAGGCGUUUCGUAUUUAUGUCAUAGACUUACACUCUCAGUCUGUGGGGACUGUGAGGUUGAAAAGUAAAAACCCCUACGAUUAUCCUUUAAUUCACUCAAACUUUUUAUCAGACGGUGAAAAUAGAGACAUUAAAACAUUGUACGAAGGGAUUCAACUAGUUUUAAAAUUACUCGAAACGAAGGUUUUUAAAGCCAUGAAUGCCACAUUAAAGGGAUGUCCCCUGAGAGCUUGUCGAGGCUUUGAUUAUCUGUCCGAAUCGUACUGGUUCUGCGCUUUGAGACAAUUGACUUCAAACAUGUUUCACCCUUUAGGAACGUGUCCAAUGGGAAAAAACCCUAAGAAAGGGGUUGUUGAUUCGGAAUUGAGAGUUUUCGGGUUUAGAAACUUGAGAAUUGCUGAUGCCAGCGUUUUUCCUCUGACUUUUGCAGGUCAUCCCAAUGCUCCCGUAGUUAUGAUUGGGGAGCAAUUAGGAGAUUUGGUUAAAGAAACGUAUAGAUAA